UCUGCCUGUAGAAGUAGCUCAAUUAUAAAUUGGCAGUGAUCUUUGUUUUGGAGUAGUGGAAGCAAACGGUUAAUACCAGAAUCGGAUUUGAUCUCGGUGGGUGUGCCUUCUUAUUCUUUCUGGCGUCCCCUCUCUUGAAGCAGAUCGCGCACAACCUAUUAAGAAGAGGCACGAGCUCCGGGACUGCCAUGUGGUCACUCGGCUCGCGCUCCCGUCACCACGCACGAGAGCUGAGUGGGAUGGAAACUCUAAAGCUGUUCUGAGAGGAGAGUCUUUAUCUAGUCUUGCAGUUCUCAUCACGCACUUCAGACGGACGUUUUGUCCUUGUUUUAGGCCUGUUAAUUUGACGCAAACACACUCGCUCAUCCGACUUCGUUUCCUGAUAAAAAAGACUUCCAGGAAUGGAGUCGAUACCCAGUCAGCUUUCUACGGGACGAGAUGUUUGCUCUUCCCCCACCUCAAAGCAAGAACUGCAGCCUUACUCCAGCAGCAGCUCGCUGAAGCCGAAUCAAGUGAGUGAGACUGUGCUGUACGGAGUGCCCAUCGUCUCUUUGGUCAUCGACGGUCAGGAGAGACUGUGUUUGGCGCAGAUUUCCAACACUUUAUUGAAGAACUACAGCUACAACGAAAUCCACAACAGACGCGUGGCGCUUGGAAUUACGUGUGUGCAGUGCACGCCGGUGCAGCUGGAGAUCCUGAGGCGCGCGGGGGCGAUGCCCAUCUCCUCGCGCCGCUGUGGCAUGAUCACCAAACGCGAGGCCGAGCGCCUCUGCAAAUCCUUCCUCGGUGCUCACAACCCUCCGAAAUUACCCGAGAAUUUUGCAUUCGAUGUUUCCCACGAGUGCGCCUGGGGCAGCCGAGGAAGCUUCAUACCUGCGAGGUACAACAGCUCCAGGGCAAAAUGCAUCAAGUGCACCUACUGCAAUAUGUAUUUUUCGCCCAACAAAUUUAUAUUUCAUUCGCACCGCACACCUGAGUCUAAAUACACACAGCCAGACGCUGCCAAUUUCAAUUCAUGGAGACGCCAUCUAAAACUCGCCGACAAAAGCUUGUCUGAUGACCUUUGUCACGCGUGGGAGGACGUCAAGGCCAUGUUUAACGGCGGGAGCCGGAAACGGGCAAUGCCAGGGCAUGGAUCAGAAAUGUCCUCCCAGCUUAAACCGCAGGCCUCCAGAAACAUCACGCAGACCGCUUCCCCUGAUAUUCCUCACAAAACUUUGCGCUGCGACGACGACCGUGGGAACCUCAGCUUAACCAGCAGCGUGCGUAACUACCCGCUCAUCCCCGUGCCUAGUAAGAGUUUCGGCAUGCUUCAGAAGAUCCCACCACCCAUCUUCCCGCAUCCAUAUAGUUUCCCAGCAUUUGGACUGUGUCAAAAGAAGGACGAUGGAGUUGGGGAGCAAAAUAAGACCAGUGUACCUGGUGUGUUUUGGCCCGGUGCAAAGGACGGUAUCUAUCCAUCGUUCCCCAUGUUUUGGCCCACCGCGGGCAGCCUUCCGCUCUCCUCCUAUCAACCAGCACAACCAAAACCACACACGGAGCUCAUGGGUGGCCGACACACAGAGACAGACCUGUCAGAAAGUGAGCGGGGAGGAAACACACCUAGAGACAGUCUGUUCGACAGCGAGCGCUGCUCCAGUUCGCAGUCCCUCAGGAACGACGAGGACAAGUCUGGGGACGAGGCCAGGUCAAAUGAGGGGCAACCCAGCACCCACAGGAAACUGAGCUAUAUUUCUGCGUUCAGACCUGUCGUUAAAGACGCAGAGAGCAUAGCUAAACUUUACGGGAACAGGGACGCGUACAGCGGAACUCAUCCUGGCCAUUUGUCGCCAGAUUUUGUGAGCGAGAGCUCCAGCUACAGAUCGGCCUCUCCGUGUGAGGACAGCGGGGAAGAUCCAGAUGUCGACGUGGAGUCUCACAGAAUCCCGGAGGAUGAGGAGUCUAUACAACUUUCCGUGGAUGAUCGACAAAGUCCCGUGAGGGAAAACAGUCAAACGCCGCCGGACGAUGACCGGACAGACACUGAUCAGAAGCAGAACAAGGAGGUGGCAAAGAAAAAGGAUGCCAUUGCUUACGAAGUGUACUCACAUGAAACGGAGGGAGCAUCUCUUCAGAGAACACUGGCCACCAAACCUCCUCGCUGCGCACCUGAAACAAACGAUUCACACAUCUCAAACAACAGCCCUUCUGAAGACGAGUGUGAAUCACAGAAAUCAUGCUCGGAUCAAACAAGCGUUUGCACAGAGAGCCCAAGCGACGCUACAUUUAGAAGUACUGAUAACAGAUUUAAUUUCGAGAAAGACAUCGACAAUAUGGCGAAAGAGGAGCUACAAAAGCAGCUCUUGGAGCAAGUGGAGCUAAGAAAAAAACUGGAACGGGAAUUUCAAAGUUUGAAAGAUAAUUUUCAGGAUCAAAUGAAGAGGGAACUGUCUUAUCGAGAGGAGAUGGUCCAGCAGCUGCAGAUUGUACGAGACACAUUGUGCAACGAGUUGGAACAGGAGAGAAAGGCUCGUUAUGCAAUUCAGCAGAAGCUUAAAGAAGCUCACGACGCUCUUCACCAUUUCUCCUGCAAAAUGCUCACUCCACGCCACUGCACAGGGACCUGCACAUUCAAGCCACCCCUCUUACCACCUUAACUUACAGCUGCAUCCCAGGAUCCCAGUGACAUCUGUAAACCUCCCCCAAAGGAAUUCUCCACUUACUCUGUUUGAGAGGUUCAAGUUAUGCACAGCGAUCACUGAGGCCACUAUCCAUCAAGAAGGCUAUUCACUGGCGUUUGAACAUGCCACUGUGGAUGAAGGAUGACUUUAUGAAAACAGUAAAAGAAACCAGAGGAUGACAAGAAACAUUCUAAUAAUUAUGCUGUUACUCCUGUAAAUAAGCUGAAUUUUUUUUAAUCAAUACAAAUAGCCUACAUAAGAUGUGGCAAUGUGCAAUGAACUGUAUAAUGUGAAAUUUCCUAAACUGGAAUUAUUGAUUAUUAUUAUUUAUGUAUUUAUGUGUUUUUACAUGUAUUUGUUUUACUCUAAAUGAAUUCACUGACGUGCUAUCCCUAAUUAAUUGUGUAUUGUCUAUUUUAAGCACUUUAAAUGAGCAGCAUUUCAGACUUAUAUCCAAAAUGAAUCAACACAAAAAUGAUUUAAAAUCAGCUGUAUUUCAUAUUAGUGUAAAACGAACCAAAGUUUGAACAAGCACUUAUCCCAUAUUUUUCUAAAAUAAACAAUUGAGAAUACCACUAAAGUUGUUAUGCCACAUGAAAGUGCUCAAAUGAAAUGUCAUCUGGAGUCUCUCUCUCUUUCUCUCGUUUUUCAAAAAUAAUAUGAUCUCUUGUCUCAUUCUUCAAUAAAAGUUCAGUUA